GCGAGACUCACGUUUCUGGCUUUCGAUGGGGGAGGAGGGGGCGCGGGUCUCGAGGCAGACGACAUUCAGCUCCGCAGGAGCAGGCCGGGGCCAGGGGGAGAGAGGGCUGUGCUGGGGGUUCCGGGAGGCGGCCUUGGAGCCAGGCCCCGAGGAUGAAUUUGGCAAUUGAGGAAGGACAUUGGAGGCCGGGGAGCGGCGGGAGACAAAGCUGGGAAGGGAUGCAAACCUGGGAGCCCUGGGAAAACAAGUGGACAUCUUCCCAGAGGAUUUGCCCAGCGCCGGGACUGUCCCCCUGGGCCUCUGAAAUGCUCUUGCUUCACCUAAUGCUACGGAGUAGCUCGAGAGAGAAACGGGACUCGAACUCUCACCUCUGUCAUUCCUACCGCUCAGCGCCCGCGUUCCUACCACCCCUCCUUUCUGGCAUUUCGGAUGCCCGCAGCUCUAGGAUCUUAAAAAUUCCGUCUAGUGUUGCCAGGGGAAACGAUUUCGCUGCAACCCCAAGUGCAGGCCCUGCCUCUUUCACAGGCACCAGCCAAUAGAAACGCAGAUCUUCAGUGGGUUGGCCGGUCCGUCUUUUGAGGGGCCCAAUGGCAGCCGCGAAUCCUCGAGCACUUGACCAUCCAGCUGCGGAGUGGGCGGGGCCUCCCGUCCGGACUCGCAACCUCUGGGCUGGGCCGGCGGGCCGGUCGCUGCUGGAAAUCCAUGUGGCGGGGGCUCUGGACGCUGGUAGCCCGGGCGGCACGUGGGCCUGGCAGACCGUGCGCGCGCCAGGGCAGCGGCGCCCCGGCUCCUGGGUCCGGGGCCACCAUCUUCGCGCUGAGCUCUGGCCAAGGCCGCUGUGGCAUCGCCGUGAUCCGGACCAGCGGUCCUGCCAGCGGGCACGCCCUCCGCAGCCUGACUGCACCCCGGGAGCUGCCCCGCGCCCGCAGCGCCAGCCUGCGCCUGCUCACCGACCCCCGCCCCAGGGAGCCGCUGGACCGCGCCUUAGUGCUCUGGUUUCCAGGUCCCCACAGUUUCACGGGUGAGGACUGUGCGGAGUUCCACGUGCAUGGAGGCCCGGCAGUGGUGAGUGGCGUCCUGCAGGCCCUGGGUGAGUCUACAGCCUGGGGUUCGAGGUCUGGCCCGGCCAGUGGGCCUGGGUGGGGGCCAGGGUCUCAGCACCCCGGACCGUCCCGCAGCCUGGCCUUUGCCCACGGGAAGCUGAGCUUGACGGAGGUGGAGGGGCUGGCGGAUCUGAUCCAUGCGGAGACGGAGGCGCAGCGGCGGCAGGCCCUGAGGCAGCUGGACGGGGAGCUGGGCCAGCUCUGCGGUGGCUGGGCGGAGACCCUCACUAAGGCUCUGGCCCAUGUGGAGGCCUAUAUCGACUUUGGGGAGGAUGACAACCUGGAGGAGGGCAUCCUGGAGCGAGCUGACAGCCAAGUGCGAGAGCUCGAGGUGGCACUGGACACACAUCUGCGAGAUGCUAGGCGCGGGCAGAGGCUGCGCUCAGGGGCGCACGUGGUGGUCACGGGACCUCCCAACGCGGGCAAGAGCAGCCUAGUAAACCUACUCAGCCGGAAGCCAGUGUCCAUCGUGUCCCCAGAGCCGGGGACCACCCGUGACGUGCUGGAGACCCCUGUAGACCUGGCCGGGUUCCCAGCGCUGCUGAGCGACACGGCAGGGUUGCGGGAGGGUCAGGGGCCGGUGGAGCAGGAGGGUGUGCGGCGCGCCCGAGAGAGGCUGGAGCAGGCUGACCUCAUCCUGGCCGUGCUCGAUGCCUCGGACCUGGCCUCUCCAUCCAGCUGCAACUUCCUGGACACGGUUGUCACCCCCGCGGUAGCUCGGAGCCCCAGUGGGAACAGCCAGCGCCUCUUGCUGGUGCUGAACAAGUCGGACCUGCUGCCCCCUGGGGGUCCAGACCUCAGCCCUGAACUGCCCCCCCACCUGCUGCUGUCCUGCCUGACCGGGGAGGGGCUGGAUGGCCUCCUGGAGGCAUUGAGGAAGGAGCUGGCUAUAGUGUGUGGGAACCCAUCCACAGGCCCACCACUUCUGACGCGGGCAAGGCACCAACAUCACCUCCAGGGUUGCCUGGAUGCCCUUGGCCACUACAAGCAGGCUACAGAUGUAGCCCUGGCAGCCGAGGCGCUGCGCGUCGCCCGGGGACACCUGGCCCGCCUCCACGGUGGAGGGGGCACCGAGGAGAUCCUGGACAUCAUCUUCCGGGACUUCUGCGUGGGCAAAUGAGGGACCGCUGAAGCUUGAACCAGGCUGGAUGGACACCCAGGGACACCCAAGCCUUGAGACACCUGGGAAUAGCUCAGGCCAAGCGAGGUUUUCAUUUCCUUGGGGAAGACCUUGACCGCAAAACACGAGUGAGCUCCCUAUUGCUGACGGUGACCACGCUCUAGCUGGCCAGGUUCCCCCACGGGGACUUGCUGGGGUUCAGGCCCUCGAGUGGGGCUGAGCAGAGGUCCCUUUGGGCACCUGAUCCUGCGGGAGUAGCCGUGAGGGUUGGGAGGGAGUUAGGAGAGUCUCAGGGGUCUGUUUUUCGUAGUUUUAAUGUAUUUUGUAAAUACCAAAGGAAAAAAAAUCUCAGGUGAUCCGGAAAUGUGGAAACCCUCCCCCCACUGCCACUGGUGUCACAGCAUAACUGAUGUCCUUCUAGAACUUUGGGUGUUUGUAUACUUGUGAAUGCGCCUGUAAAAUAUGUUUUAUCUUGUAUAUUCUACAAACUUUGUGUGUUUAUUGCUCUGUAGGUUGUCAUUCCUUUUUUAAUAUUAAUCUUGGAACUUUGUCUCUUGUAUCUUAAAAGUGACUUGCAAAA